AAAGAAAACAAGGAAAGAAAAUCAUUUGAAAAAAGAAACAAAUUUAAUAGGAAAACAUAGAAAAAAAAAGGAGGUAUUUUUUGAAAAGUAUAAUCUCAUUUCCAUAUUUUAAUUAUGUCAAAGUUGCGUUGUUUGGGUCAAUAAUUGGGGUAAUUGCUUUCAUAUUUGGUUCAUCGUUCGGUCGGAACAUAGGCUUGUCAUCGGUCGCCUCCAGUCAACCCAAACCUCAAUCUCUAACUAUUUGAAUUUCUGAUGAGUAAAUGUACGAAUAACUGAAAUUGGAGGAUUGGGGUUGAGGUAUUUCAAUUUGAAGAUCGUCUGCCAUGGAGAAAUUAGUGCUUAAGCUCCGGAAUUUGGAUGCUUACCCUAAAGUUAAUGAGGAUUUCUACAAUCGUACAUUCUCCGGUGGCAUAAUCACUAUCGUCUCCUCCCUCGUUAUGCUCAUCCUCUUUUUCUCCGAAUUUUCAUUGUUCCUUCACACUGUCAAAGAGACAAAGCUGGUUGUUGAUACUUCAAGAGGCGAAACCCUACGGAUCAAUUUUGAUGUUACUUUUCCAGUCAUCGCAUGUUCAUUACUCAGUCUCGAUGCACUUGAUAUCAGCGGAGAGCAACAUCUUGAUAUAAGGCAUAAUAUAGUCAAGAAAAGAAUUGAUGCUCAUGGUAAUCUAAUUGAAGCAAGACAGGAGGGAAUUGGUGCACCAAAGAUUGAGAAACCCUUACAGAGGCAUGGUGGCAGGCUUGAGCAUAAUGAAACAUAUUGUGGUUCAUGCUUUGGGGCAGAAGCGUCUGAUGAUGAGUGCUGUAACUCAUGUGAAGAAGUUCGUGAAGCAUACAGGAAAAAGGGCUGGGCAAUGACGAAUACGGAUUUGAUAGACCAGUGCAAACGUGAAGGUUUCAUCCAAAAGAUAAAAGAUGAAGAUGGUGAAGGAUGUAAUAUUGAAGGGUCUCUUGAAGUUAACAAAGUGGCUGGAAAUUUCCAUUUUUCCCCUGGAAAAAGCUUUCAUCAGGCAAAUAUGUUUCUGCAGGAUUUGCUAGCUCUCCAAACAGAUACAUACAAUAUAAGUCACAAGAUAAACAAAUUAGCUUUUGGUGACUAUUUUCCUGGCGCGGUAAAUCCACUGGAUGGGGUUAAAUGGACUCAGGAAACACCAAGCGGUUCGUACCAGUAUUUCAUCAAGGUGGUACCUACAAAGUACACCAAUAUUAGAGGCCAUGAUGUCCAAUCAAAUCAGUUCUCUGUGACAGAGCAUUUCAAAAAUACAGAAGCUGGACACUUCCGAUCGCUUCCAGGAGUGUUCUUCUAUUAUGAUUUUUCUCCAAUUAAGGUAAACUUCAAAGAGGAACGUGUUCCAUUUUUACACUUCAUUACCCACAUUUGUGCCAUAAUUGGAGGUAUCUUCACUAUUGCUGGAAUAAUAGAUUCCUUUGUAUAUCAUGGUCAAAAAGCAAUGAGGAAGAAGAUGGAAAUUGGGAAAUUUGGCUGAUUUUUUUUCCCCUUCUUUUAGAGUUGUAUAAUGUGCCUCCAGUACUAUGGUUGGUAAAAUUAUUGGUCUCUUUUCCAUUAUUAUAAUUAUUUUUUUAAAAUUAUAGAUUGUGAAACAUAUGAGGUUGAUUUUGUAUAGUACACAUCAAACAUUUUACUAGCCACUAGGAGACCAGUGAUAGAAUCAUUCUUUUGAUAAGAGUCAUUAAGUCAUAACAACAAAUAGGAGGCUGACUGAUGAUUAAAAUUGAGUUUUGGUUAGUUUUUUUUUCUUCA